UGUUUCAGAGUUAGCCAGUAGAGACGAUUCCCUCACAAAUCGCGUAUAUAUAUAUGAUCCAUUCUCUUGUCCUUUUUAUUAUUUGUUUUAGACUAUUUCAAAAUUUGAAAUAAAAUUUCAAAAAAAAAUUAAUAAACAUUGCCUAUAAUUACGAAUAAGAAAUGUCGUUUUUUCUAAUUUAUUUAAAAAUGCUUUCAUAACAACGCACACAACAAACAACAUAUAUACAUUCAACACAAAAGCGAUAUGCUAAAAUAAAGAGACUGAAUUUCAAAAACAAAAAAAAGUGCACAAGAUCCCGUUAAAAAAAUGGGUAUACUUAUGAAAUUUAAAGAAUCUCGAGUAAUACAUUUAUUUUUUGCCAUUAUUUUUUUUACUUCCGGCCUGAUAAUUAAUUUAUUUCAAUUCAUUUUAUACAUUGGAUUACGACCAAUAUCAAAAUAUAUGUAUCGUAAAAUAAAUUAUUACUUGUGUUAUUCAUUUUACAGUCAGCUAGUUUUUAUGACAGCAUGGUGGUCUGAUACGAUACCAAUUAUUUACGCUGACAAGGAAGAAUAUGAAAAAUAUUUAGGCAAAGAACAUGGAUAUUGUAUUAUGAAUCACACAUAUGAAAUUGAUUGGCUGGUCGGUUGGGUAUUCACUGAGCCAAUCAACAUACUUGGAAAUUGUAAAGCCUAUGCGAAAAAAUCAAUUCAAUAUGUUCCAACAUUGGGUUGGGCAUGGAAAUUUGCCGAGAGUAUAUUUCUUGAGAGAAAUUGGGAUAAGGAUAAAGAAAUGAUUGGCGUACAAAUGAAGGAAUUGGCUGAUUUUCCCGACGCAAUGUGGUUACUGCUGUUUGCCGAGGGAACGCGUUUCACUCCAGAAAAAUGUAUAGCAAGUCAAAAAUUUGCCAAGGAAAAGGGUUUACCAUUAUUAAAACAUCAUUUAACACCACGUACAAGGGGUUUUAUUGCAAGUCUACCGAGUAUGAAAAAUAAAGUUGAUGCAAUUUAUGAUGUUCAAUUGGCAUUUAAAUCGAACGAACCGAAUAAACCAACAAUGAGAAGUCUUCUUCUUGGCAAAAAAGUUCAACCCUAUAUGUAUGUUAGACGAAUUCCCUUGUCGGAAGUUCCCGAAGGUGAUGAAGCCGCAGCGGAAUGGCUUCAACAACUUUAUCAGCGUAAGGAUCGUUUAUCAGAGAGUUUCAAUGAAACUGGUGAUUUUUUUAAAACAAGCGGAGUUCCAAAACUCGACAGUAUUAAAUACAAUAGAAGAAUUUAUCCAGUGAUAAAUCUUAUAUUUUGGGCAAUCGUCAUUUUAGUUCCAAUGAUGUAUUACCUAGUGAGACUAUUUUUGUCUGGUUCGACAAUCUACUUUUCCAUAGGCGCCGGAAUCAUAGGUCUAUUUUUCUUGAUGAUGCACAAAAUAAUUGGAAUGUCUGAAAUUAGUAAGAGUUCAUCGCACUAUGGCUCAGCCGAGGCACAAAAAACAAAGUGAAAAAACUCCCUUUUUCACUAAAAAAAAAAAAAAAUAAAAUAAAUCAAAUUUAAAAAGAAGAAGAAAAAAUUGCCACUUUUAGCCUCCUAAGGAGGUUAAUAAUAUGUUUUUUUUGGUGAAUACACGCCAGAACAAAGCGUAAAAAAACUAAUCGUGAUGUUUGAUAUUAUAUCGCCGAUUGUUCACAUUGUAUACCAAAAUUAUUUUACAAAUUACCUCAUACUAAUAAUAAAAAUUACAAAAAUUGCUUAAGUUUCGCGCACAAGUAAAAAAAAUCACUUUAUUAUAUACUCAAAAUAUGUUUUUUUUUCAUUUUAUAUAAACUCAAAUAUAAAUAUAUAUUAUAUUUUUCAGGGGUCAAACGUACUUCCUUUAAAAAAAGAAAUGUUGAUAGUCUUCUUGGCAUCUUAUUUUGUACAUAACAAUUGUUCUUGUUGAAUAAAUGACUGUUUAAUCUCUGGAUACAA